GCCGCCAAAGCCUGAAAGAAGAAACUUCAACUUGGGUCUUCUCCUCGCUCACGCUUGCCAGACGAACAUGGCAUUCUCCUCACUCUCACUGUCCACAACUCCAUCAACCACCACCUGCAGUCUCCAUUCCAAGCGACCCCACCACCUCCCAUUGUUCGCUUUCCACUCCAACCAACAUCUAUUCCCACACUCAAUCUCGCUUCCAUCCCCUCCUUCAUCGACCCCUGCCAGGCUCCGUAUCUCUCUCUGUGCCGCCGCAAAGUCACAGACUGGCCCCGUCAAGAAGCGCUCACCUCCCACCAACAACAACAAGAAGAAAAAGCGCAAGGGCGGCAGUGGCGGUGACAAUUCCGAGGAUCUGAGCUUCGGUGAUGUUGAAAUUGUGGAUAGUUGUGGUGGUGGGGUUUCAAAUUCGAGGUCGUUGGAUUUCCAUCCAACACCGCUGCCAAAUCCGCCGGCUGGGUUUGUGGUGGAUGAUCAUGGGAAGGUGCUCAUGGCUUCUUCCAAGCGAAUUGCUUCCAUUGUCGAUCCUACCAAUAAUUUCCCUCUAGAGUGUGUUAUAAGGAGAGUAUUCAGAAGCUCGCGAGGGGAUGAAUGUAUGCUGCUUUGCCCAGUUGACACGCCCGUUCAAAUAUUAAGGAGCACAAACAUAGAUGGCUGGUCAGCUGUCAGCGAUGAAGAAGUUGAAGCUAUUCUUCCCUCUGCUGCUUAUGCCCUUGCUAAGAUACACAUGCAUCUAGUACAUAGUGGAUUCUGCUAUACUGCACGGGGAGGGUUUUGUUACUCCGAAGAUGACAUAUUUGAUUUCCGUACAGAUGAUGGUCAAGAUGUAGAUGGCCUGCCAACCGAGGGUGUAGAAAUUACAUGUUUCCAUUUGGAUGGUUCACAUUACAUGAUUUAUACGCCGUCUGACCCACUUCUCUUUGUUGUUGUAAAGGAUAAUGCUGGUUUGUUGCAAAUUGCUGACGAUGACAUGCUGGAAGAUCCUGCUAUCAUUAGUGCCAUAGAUGAGGAGACUGAGUUUAACGCCUUGGUGGAGGAAGAAGCAGCUCUUCUUGAUUCAUUGCUAGGAAAAGAAUAGUAGAGGGCUUUCUAAGCCAGGGUGUUUUUAUAUGUCAAUUUUCUUCUUUUUUUUCCUGUCGUUUUGACAGAAAAGACGAGGAAUAGGAACACUAAUAUAUGGUUUUUUUUUUUUUUUUUUUUUUUAAUUUGUAAAUAUUAAUUUUCCUGGUAACGAAUGUAUAAAUAUGUUCGUGUAUUUUAUUA